CUGGCGGCGCUGGGGCUGCCCCCCGGGGGGGGCCGGCAGGCGCUGGGGGGGCUCCUGCGGCUCUACCGGGAGGCGGCGGCGGGGGGGGCCCGGCGAGAGCAGCAGCUGCGGGGGCUGCGGCAGCGCCUGGCGCCCCUCCAGGGCCGUGUGGCCGCCUGUGCCCGGGCCAUGGCGGCGGCGCGGGCCGAGGCCGAGCGGCUGCGGGAGCAGAACCGGCGCCUGCGGGAGCUGCUGGGGGCCCGGGGGGCGCAGGGGUCCCGGCGCAGCAGCUCCCAGCACCGACCCCUGGCUCAGCCCCACGGGGAGCCCAGGGCGGGCACAGCCCCACGGAGACCCCGGCGCCCCGGCAGCAGGGAGCCCCUCGGGGGUCGGAGCCCCCCCGGCCCCCCCCGGCCCCACGGCGGGACCCCGACCUGGAGCAGGAGCUGCAGCGGCUGCGGGAGGAGGCGGCGGCCGGGAGGGAGGUGAUCGCCCUGCAGCACCGCUGCCUGCAGGUACGGGGGGGGGA